UUGCUUGUUAUCGGAAACGAAAGAUCUCUGUUUCCUUGAUGUUGCCUUUAUAGUUCCGUGUGUAAACUAGGAAUGGUGUUAAUAUCGUGAAAGGAUAACCUAUUGGUCUUUGUAAAAGAUGACAAAAGACGAUCUGGCCGAUGGUACAGUUUCCUCUCUCUUUGAAAUAUGUUUCAAAACCUCUCUAAGGUACCUCGAAUCAUCUCAGCUUCCAAAGAAUGAGAGCCUCUUUCUGCCCGAAGAAGUCUGCCAAGCACUUAUAUCCCAAAAGAUAAAGAUGGGAACUUGCAGCGAUGAUUUUAUUGCUAAAUUUUUUGCUGAUGUGCAAACGAGUCGAAUGACUAGAGCUAAUCUUAGCUGUACGGCCAUAACAGACGCGGGCGUCGAACUGAUCUCUCGUCAUUGUCUGCGAGAAGUGGAUGUUUCAAAGUGCGAGGCGUUAACAUCCAAAUCAAUCGAAUUCCUGCUCCGUUGUAAAGAUUCCCUCGUUUCUUUGAACGUUUCUUAUUGUCGCCAGAUUAACUACUUUAGUGGUCUGCAACAUUUUACUAAACUUAAGAGUCUGGAUUUGUCUCGGACAUUUAUCGAUCAAAGAGAAUUUGAUUCCCUAUGUACACUGGUUCAUCUCAGAAGAUUAAAUAUUAGUGGCACACAUAUUUCAUCCCUGGAGCCCGUGAGAAGCAUGUGUUCUCUAACUUCUCUGGAUUUAUCGAACUGUGAUGAUCUUGAGAGCGUUGAACCUCUGGUAGCUGUUAAGGGGUAUGACUUGUAUCUCAUUUGUCAAGUGACACCUAGACAAAACUCACAGACCCGGUUGUUCAAACGUUGGUUAGCGCUUUAGCUAUCCACUGGACAAAUUACUAUACAGCAGAUAGAUGUUACGAAAAUCAAUACUAUUGUGUUAUUUGCUGAAUAGUGAUUUAUCCAGACAAACAUUAUCCACGUUUUGAACAACCAGCACUAGGACUUGGGACUUGCCAUUAAUUAUCCACACCCCUCUUAAGGAUGGCAAGCUUUUGAAUAGGGUGGUUUGAACAUUUUCUUUGAGGAAGCUGACAAAAUCUGUACCCUUAUGAUAUUGAUUUAGAUGUCCUCCAAAAAGUAAACCCUUCAGAGGGUGCCAACAAAAAAUUGAGGGUUCAAAUUCCCGCCAUCUUUAGAGGGAUUGCUGAUAAAAAAAUAUGGAACAUUCUUUAUAAGGUCCUCAAAGUGGUUCACCAUGGUUUGUAGCACUUUUCAGCUCCUCUGCUUUUAAACAACCACAGAAAAAAUAGUAUUAAACCAUUAAUAACCAAAGUUUAGGGAGUGUGGGCGACGAUGAUCGAAGGUCAAAAUGCUUUUGCUCCAUCACUGUGCUUUGUGUAAGCUUCACAUGACAGAUGGUCAAAACAGGCGUGAUCAGAUUACAAGGGAUAGAAGGUCGAGACCCUUGUGAUCAAAUUGCGUUCUGUACAUUCCAUUCAUUUGUAGUGGAAUUUCAAACGAAUGCUGGCUACCUACAUGUGACGUAUGUGUAAUGACAACUUGGAGAUUAGGAUUGCGGGCGACAAGAGGAUGGCACAACAAAUGCUCAGUGAUUAGUGAAAGAGUUGUAGCCAUUUUUUGGCCUUUUGGCCAUUGACUCGAUAAGAGUUUUCCCUUUAUUGUCACUACCAUUAAGCGUAGUGGUGGAUCCCAGGGGAGGAGCCUGGGAGGCCCAGGCACCCCUUAUUUGAAGACCAAACUGAGGCCUGAAGGAAAAAAUUUUUUUCCCACUUUGUUAUCAUUAUUCAGGAUAUUUGCUUACACAUGUAUUGGAAUUAAAUUUAUUUUUGUUUAAAGGACACUGUGCUGGCUGUCACUGUACAACUGUAGAAGACUGGAAGCGGAUGAAAUGUUAGUUACACUGCAACAACUAAUGCAGUUGCAGCACCUUGAUUUGUCAAGAGAUGAUCCCGAUGAAUCUGUGUGGUUUCAAUCAUUUUUGGAAUCUAUGGUAGUGCUGGUGGAUGAGGAGUUUUUGGAAGAAUUACUGCCUUGUCUUCCAAAUCUAACCUCACUGGACAUUUCAGGUCAGAUUAGGUUGAACUAAAUUCUUACACAGGAUAAAGGCUGUACUCUAGCACAGCCCGUGGCCCCUGGCUCCUAACUUUUGCUGCGGGCAACUAGAAAAUCUCAGUUUUUUCAUAGAAAUCUUAUGCUGGGUCCCCUGGAUUUCACAGGUUCAGAGCACUGGGCUCCCUUCAAUUUUUCGUCAAGCAGUACAGCCUUGCAGAAUGAUUAAAAAAAGACUGACAAUAUUGAUAUUAGCCGUAUUUGCUUUUUAGCUUUUGACUGCAUGUAAAAUCAGAUAACUACCCUUGGCUGUUUUAAUGCUAGAGACCUUAAAAUCAUCUAGACACAUUAAAAAUCACAGAUGUUAAAGGCAACUGGUGUAAAAAUGGAAUAUAUGAAAGAAGACAAUGACAUUGAAAAAAAAACAGGGUUUUCUGAAUAAAAGACGAACCACUAACUCUUCCCAGUCAUCUCUGGAGAAGCUGGGCACAAAUGUGUCCCAAUUACGGUGUCCCUUUUUUUACUAGACUCAUUUAAUGUCUGAGAAGUUAAAGUAAAAUGUGAAGUAGUCUGAAUGACGCCCUUUAAUAACAGAAAGUGUUAAAGAUGUCAGUCAUUUAAUGCAUCUGUCUUAUUUACCGUUUUUAUACUAGACGUUUAAGUCAACAUCCCUAGCGUUAAAAUAGCCAUUGUCACUAGGAAGAAUGAAUGCUUAUUUGUAGGCGGACCUUAUCAAUUUUUUUACCUUAAAUUUACGACAUGGCUUAUUCAAGGGCUGUGUUCCUUUAAGUGAAUCAGCAAUUUUCCUUUCCUUGUUUUUACCAGGUAAUGCAAGGUUCAAGUAUGAGCACCUUCAGCUGUUUCGUCAACACUGCAAACAGAGGCUUCAGUUUCUUGGAUUGUUUCAGACUAAUAUGUACCGUUACCGAGAAAUUCCUGCUGAACAGGUCAGCAAUAAUUUUUCCUUUCCAGAGCUGUCAAUAGGUCAAAGAAUUAUAGCAAUUAUUUUGAAAAAGUUUAAGUCAUGACAAUGACUAGUGUAUGUGCCAGAGUAAAGUGCAUAGAAACCCUGGUCUUGUGGUUUAUGCACUGGACUUAUAAUCGGAGAUCAGGGUUCGAGCGUUGGCUAUAAGUGUCGUGUUGUUUUCUUGGACAAAAAAACUUUGCUUCUCUCUUCACCCAGGUGUAUAAUAUUAUAUUUCACUGCAUAUGGGCAACUUACAUUACUGUUGGGGGAAUCCUAUGAUCCCAGGUGGCAACUCGUAUAGAAAUACGACAGGGAUGCUUGUUGAAAAAUUAGAAUUUUAGUCCAGAGGAGACCCAUCUGGAUGUAGGCUACCACACAGACAAAACUAAAACUGUGAGUAAGUCUGUUUGCAAGCCAGAGCCAGAAUUCUUUUUUCUUGGUCUCCAGCUGUGUACCAGGAUUUGAUUAUGCACCAUAGUUGGCCUGUUAAAAAGCCAUUGGCAAUUAACCAAUCAGGUUGGAGGGAAAUUCAAAACACACUUCUGGUAAUUUGUUGAACCUGUUGGGUGCCUAAAACAAGGAUUUUGGCGCUUCUUUGUCAGGGUUAGAUUAGGUCUGUGUUAUAGGCUAAUGUGGAUGUCACUCAGAAGUUUGCACUACUGUAAACAGAAAGCCAAAAAUAAGAGCCAUAGUGAUUUUCAUUGUACUGUAUUUAAAACAAUGAUGGUGCAUGGCUUGUGUCAUAAAUAAUUCUUUCUGCACAGUCUUAGGCAAUAGCUGUAUGGGUAAAAAAUAACUGAUGUUGGCUUUCCAUCCUGAGAGAAGAAUUUGCAAUUCACAUUUCUAAGCAAGAUUACAAGCAUCCUCAUCUUUUUCAUUUGGGAGUACCCCCGCCCUGGGCAUCUGCCGUGGAGUACUUCAUAAGACAGGGGGUGUGCCAAACUGAGAUCAUUUCUUGCCACCUUACCUUAACUUACCAAAAUAGAGUAUUCCUAUGGAAGAGGGAGGCCCAUCAGGGAAGUUCUCAAGUGCCCCAGGGCCCCCUCCCUGCAACCCACAAUGUACUUUUAAAAUCAUCAGUGUCCUGAUCUAAGACAUCACCAUACAUGAUUAAGAGAUGUAAUGCUUUCAACUCUUUAAACAUUUAUGUAGGUGUCAGGAAAUGCGAAUCUCAGUCAGAUCACUCUGUCAAUGGAGGUUUACAAGAACAGGCCCAAGUUUCUGAUCAGUGCUUUGCAAGAACUGUUUUCCAUCAUAAGGCAAAGGGAUCAUGACAUGGACAUUAACUCAAUUUGCAGAGUAAGCCAUUGAUAGCUCUUAAAGAAGAUGUGACACAAUGAACGUGGCAAAGCAAAAAGUGCAAUACCUUAAUUUUGCUUCAUUUUCUCUGGUUUACAAAAAAGCUAACCCAACUUUUUUUACCUUCUAUUUCACCAAAUCAUUUUAGUGUUUCUUACGUGACUUGGAAGGCAUGCGCAUGCAAAAAUCCAAGAAAUUAUGAGCCAAAUGAAAAAUCAAUCUUAAAUCAACAAACUGGUACAUUCAUCAUGCUCCCAAUUUUCUUUUUUAUAAUUACUGCUUUUUGGUCUAAAAUUCACUUAAUCUGUUUUCUGAACAGCUUGUCUUAGGUUCCAUGGAAAAUCAUUCUUCAGAGAAAAAGAUUCAACUUGCUGGAAGGUGAGUCUGAACCUGUAUUCAUGAACCCUUGGUCUUUUUUGACCUUCCAGUGAUAUAUUUUCCAGUCAAAAUGAGUUAUGAAUUAUUCAUAGUGGCUGGAUACAGGCCAUUACAUGUAGAUAGUCUACUCAAUACAUUUGUAACCAGGAAGGGGAAGACGGAUGCCCCUGUUUUCCUUUAAACAGGUAAAAAUAAGUGGAUUGCUCAAACAUUCUAAAUGAUCAUGGAAUAGUUUUCGAGGUUAAAUGGCUGUUGGUAAAAUGACCAAAUAGGACAAAAAUUUUAUUUUGAGUCAUGUAUUCAUGUAAUUAGCCUGUGUGCAGAUGUCUCCUAUUUUCUUUGUUGCUCAAGGAAAAAGAAUAUCUGUGCAAUGAUGUUGCUUAAAUUAUUAGUAUUUCUAAUUAACCAUAAUUUAUAUUUGAUUGCAAUUGGCCCUUCCUGUAAAGUGACAUGAAUAAACUGCUCCAAGCCUUACUUUAAAUUUAUGAAGUGUCUGUGUGUUUUUUUUUCAGUGCGUCCCUAUAUCAUCUGUCAAGAGAUGAUGAUGAGAAUCCUAACUGGCAGCUGUCCAUGGAGUUAAAAAGGUAGUAACACGUACUUGUAAAGGAAACAGCAAAUUUAAGAGGAAAAUGUCAGUAAUUUGGAGAGUUAUCAUAGGUAAUGAUUUAGUGAAUAAAACUUCUCCUCAUCUCCUUCAGACGUGUCAUUGAAGCCACUCUGAAUGCCAUGGAAAAUCAUGUUAAAGAGGCUCAGGUGUGUAAACUGAUUUGAAUACAUUACUAGAAAUAAUAAGUAAAUCAUAUAACAAGUUAUUGUUGUUAAACUAGUUUUAGGUGACAAGUGCUUAAGCCAUCAUGAAUGCCAUCGACAGUGACCGAGUUAAACCAACUUGAAGGCCUGACUUGAAGGGCCGAGAAAAAUUAUUUUUGAGGGUGUCUUUCCCUUUAUAAUAUGGAUAGUGCUAUCCACCAUGUAAAUCUCUAUCCAGUGGAUAGUGCAACUGGUUUCCCGAGAAAAGGAAUUCAUCUAGAGAUUUAUCUGAUGGAAAGCUCUAUCCAGCUUUUGAACAACUGGGGCCUGGAUGAGGGUAGAAUUGUAUCAGUACAUUAAACUAUCAAUGUAUAAUUUGCGUUGUUGGUGCUGUGAUAACAAUGCAUUGAUUGUAGUUUCAGCUAUCCAUAACGGCAGAGAUGGAGCUAAGGAAAAGAUAAGCAGGCUUAUUUAUUAGUCAAGCCAGCUUUUUACUCAACUGCACCACUAAAAUUCCCUGAUGUCUUUGUUUUUAUUUGCAGUUUGAGCUGGUGGUAAGCCCUUUUUCAGCCGGUGAAAUUAGCUCGCAGCCGGCUCUUAGCGACAUCCCUGCAACAGUUUUUCACCAUAAAUAAAUUGUCAAUAGUUAUGAAAGUUCUCAAGUUAUGUCCAGUGGUCCUUUUUCUUGAUUGAAAAAUGCUUCUCAUGUUCUCUGCUAGCUCUCUGUCCUGUUCACUGUUUUGUUUUAUUGUUUCUUGAAUUCGAGGAAAUAUGUUACAUUUUUAAAAACAAACUUUAUUUAUCUCCACAGUCUUUUCCAGAUUUGAAAUGUUAGAUGAUUUGGAGAUUUUAGGCACUAGCAGUUCAAUUAAAGGCAGUCUUAAAGAUUUGUUUGAUAGUUACAUUGUUGAAUUCAAAUAUACAUGGCAUGAUAGCAGUAUUUUUAAUUGAAAUACUGACGUGUUCUGUACUUUUUUUCUUUUAUUAGUUACAGAAGAACUGUUGCCUAACUCUCUGCAACUUCAGAAUUCCAGAUGAAGUGGUAAGCAGUUUUUUGUAAACCGCUUUUUCGUUAUUAAUUCUCUAAAUACAACAAGUGUGGUGUUUACAAUAAUUUGCCAAGUUUGUGGAUGAAUUUUCCAGAUUUUUAGUUUGACCAUUCAAUGAUGCCAUUGCUUGCAAGCAGUACUUGUCCCUCCAUGUUGCACACGUUAAGCAUGUUUUAGAUUUUCUCUUCAGCUCUGCAAGUAGUUUGCUCCAACUUUUGUCUUUGCUCAUGAAGUAAGGUUUAACGAUUCAGUUUAUUAAUACCUUUGCUCCAGCUCACUGUUCAUGCUGACUGUACUGCACAAGAUGAUUCAAGCUUUUAACAGUUUUCUUGAGUUCAAAAAUGUGCAUUUCUUUGUACAUUAUCUCAGUUAGUCAUGUCUCAAGCAGAUGGUUAAGUCAUUGGAAUUGGUUUGGUGAGGUAAAAUUCUCGGGAACUUCAAUGGCUUGUUCUAACUUAAUUACUAUCAAGUAUUGUAAAGCAAGCUAUUUCCACUCAAAUCUUGAAAGCUGGACCACAUUGUGGGCAUCUAUGUCUCCUGUAGUUUCUAAAAAGUGGUUAGGGUUGUAAAUGUCUCCUUCAAACUGACAAGGAAGGAGAAAUACUAACAGCCUCACCAUUGGGCAAUGAAGGGAUUAUUGAACCAAGACAAAGUGUUAAUGAUUUAGCCAUCAUGAUAUGACAACUUUCGUAAAAACUGUAGAUAGUGAUGCAGCCGGGAUUCAAACCCUCCUGGCAACAUCUCGCUCUCACACUGGAGCUCUACCAGUGUAUGUUUCAUUGUUUGUUUGUUGUUUUUUUAUUUAGAAGCUUUUUGGUUUUCCUUUCAGAGUUGUAAUUAUAAAAGAAUUGUUGAGCUGUUGUUGCGGGCGGCCUUGGUGCAUCAUGACGACUUUAUACAAAGGACUGCCAUUGCCCUAUGUAACCUUCUGGUGUGUCAGGUAUGUAGUGCUAGAAAUUUAAUAUUAUGGUAUGUUCAAACCUGGGAGCAGUGGGGGCCCAGUGGUGAAAACUUUCGCCUUGCACCAAGGUGGCGUGGGCUCAAUUCUUGGUGUGAACAAGGGUGGAUUGAGUUUGUUAUUUGCCCUCUUCUCUGCUCUCAGAGGUUUUUCUCCAGUUUUUCCCUCUCCUCAAAAGCCAACAUUCCAAAAAAAUUCAAUUCUAUCUGGAAAUUGUCUCCAAUUAGUUCGUAUUAGAGGGCCACAAGUUUAUUAGUCCUUAAAAAUGUCUAUUGUCACCCUCUCUAAAUGAGAUAAGACAGUUAUUAUUAUUAUUAUUAUUAUUAUUAUUAUUAUUAUUAUUAAAUUUUAUUUAUUAUUAUUAUUAUUGUCUGAUGUGGUUUAAUAUAAAUUUAUUAAGUUUUCUUGUAUUUACAUGUACUAAUGUAGGUGCAAGACUCCCAAAAGAUUAUAGUGGGUCGAGACCUGCAAGGAGUCGAGGUAUUUUUAUCAUUUACUAUUAAGUUAGAAUAUUAAAGGUAAAGUCAUGAAGAAGCAUAGCGUAGUAUUUGUUCCUCUAAGUUUGUUUUUGUUCAUGUAAAACCUGGAAAGCGCCAAAAAUUAAUAGUAUUGCACAGUAUUUUUGUAAAAUUUAUGGUUUCAAAAGGUUUUUUUGUCAACAUUUUUUGUCUUGCAGAAAAUCCUGAAUAUUAUGCGAUACAAGAUGGGAAACAAUCCGGUAUGACUCUCUCCUAAAAAUGUUGUAGACUUUGUCUCACAAUAUUUUAUUCAGUGGUUUUUUAAAAACUUACGGCUUUUUCAUGACCCAUGAAUCACCAGGGAAUACUGAAGUUUUUGGUUAUUCUUUUAGGCGUCUGGUGGUGUUCUUGAAUGCUGUUGGAGUGCAUUGUGGAAUGUUACAGGUAAAAAUAACGCUUUGUCAGGACAGAAAAAUCUGACGAUUUAUGAAGUUAAGGAAACUGUUACAUUUAUUUCUCCUAUUGUUUGCAGAUGAAACUCCAGAAAACUGCGCGUUGUUCCUUUCUAACCGUGGUUUAGAGCUCUUUAUGCGGUGUAAUAAAGUGAGUAGUAACAAUUACUUACGAGAAGUAUCUUCUCGUUCAGUAGUACACACGUUUAUGAACGUGAAGGGCUGUACUUUUGGCCUCACAUUUCCCGAUUUCGGACGAAUUUCAACCCUGGCUUGGUUUCUUUUGUGUAAUAUUGUAAAAUAUUAUGCACUGUGUUCAUUUUUUUUUCUUUACCUUGUUCUUGGUAAGCACUUAUAUUUCAAACGUUUUUAUUACUCAACUUAUUUGUAUUUCCUUUUUCAAGAAUUCUUGUCUCUUUUUAGCGGCUCGUAAGUUCCCUUAUCUCCGCGCCAUUUUCUCCCACUUUUUGACUUGUUACCAAGCCCCAUCUCUACUGCAACAUUCAAGCCUACCGAAUAUUCCUUUUUCAUUAGUAUUCAAAGCACGGUUGCUUUUCCUUUCUUUAACAGGAAUUGAGUGAUCAGCGGGAUUUAGUGCGAAACAUGUUGGGACUCAUGGUAAGCUGUUACAAGCAAACAUCACUGGAAUUGCGAUUCUGAUAUAAAAUGGCGGGAAAAAACGGCGCCAUUGGAUAACAGUAUGAAGGAGUUUUGUUUGUCCUUACAAAGUUGCUCAAGUUUCACUUAAGCCUGGGUCAGUUGUCAAAGUUCACUUGUGCCGAACCUAACCCUAACGAGUCAUCAGCAUUAGUUUCGGCACAUAGGAAUUCGACGGCGUAUAUCCUCAAAUCUCUUCGUCAACGCUUGUUGUACUACGACUGCUUUUUCAUCGCUAACUUAGCCUGCGAACAGGCUUCCGAUCAUCUCCCUACAGACAGCCUGUUGACACGGACUACUUAACCUCGUCCUGGAAAAACGGAGUUGAAAAAAAAGCUGCAUACUCUCUUGCUUUUUGCAUGUAUUGAACUAUCUAUUCGUUGUUUAACUCUUAGUUUUAUGUCCGCCACGUAAUAGUUUCCUCGCGUGUUUGUUCUUGAUGCCCUUCAACCACAAGAAGCUAAGUCCUAGUACUCGUCGUUGAUUCAAAAACUCUAGAUUGUUGUAUAUGAAGAUCUAGUUUUUUGAACUGAUUGUCUUGUUUGUUUGGUCGGUUGUUUAUGUUUCUUUUUGUUUUGUUUUUAGGGUAACGUGGCGGAAGUCCCUGAAUUGAGGCCUCAGCUUAUGACGUUGGCUCACGUGUUCUAGUAGGUUCAUUUUGCUGCUUAAAACAGCUGUGUCAUGACUUUUAUUAAAAUUCAAACAGUGAAGACCGCCAUCAAACUGAGAGAAACAUUUUUAAUAACUGCUCAAAACAUGCAAAGACCGUAUAAAUAAUACAAAAAAUACAAAAGGAGGCCUAAAUGGACAAACCUGAAGAAGAUUGAAAAGGAUUACAACUGUGGUUUUUGAUAACUUGUUAACCGAACAGUUUUUCAAAGUUCAUUUUUGUUGUUUGAAACGUUUGAUAUUAUGGAGACAUAUUUGUUUGACUCUGAAUUUUAAUUUUGCCAUUCACAAGUAAUUUCUCAGGUUUCAUAGCGAAAAAGGAGGACAAAUAAUUGGCGUUAUCAACAAAAUGAACUAGACAACCGUGUCAUGGCGCCUUUUAAGCUUGCCUUCAUUUUUAAUGCAGAGCUUUUUUGUGAUUGGCUAAUACUGAGUAAUUUGGUGCUUUUUCCAGUGAUUUGUUACUGAUUAACAAUCCAAGUGAACUGGAAGUGACUUACAAUGCUGGUGGUAUCAUCAGUCAUCUGGCAUUUGACGGGCCAGACUGCUGGACAAACACUGUAGUGACACGCGAAGAGGCGCUUCGAAGUCUGGUAAGCUGUGCUGAGUGGCUCAUUUGAUAAACUGGUAAACUGUACAGCGUGGUAAAGCACGCAUAACAGCCUUGUUCCCAGGGUCCUCUCCUAAUCGGCCCCCGGGGCUCUAACCGGGGCUCCAGUCACUGGAAACGAAGUUGCACGUAUCAGUGGAAGUCCAGGCAAAUUCAGCUGCGAUGGCAGGGCGGACACCCCAGAAUGAAUGGCUUAAUAAGCAAAAACGUAUACAUGCAUAAUGUACACUGUCUAUCCGACUAACGAGCACCAGGCGUGCACGUGAUAAAAACAUGCCACUACUACAAUGCGCAGUGAAAAAAAGCACACACACAAAGCAAACACGUAAUUGGUAGUGGUUAUAUUCUGUGAAUUUUGCGGAAGUUGUUGGUGUUGUUUUUAGUGUCUGUGCCAGCUAGAAAAGAAUUCUGGUGUUUAUGUAAGUAUCAUUUUGAGUCAGGGUGCGAAAGUGUAUUGUAUCUCUUUUUGUUUCGUGAGGGCCUUACUUCUGAUUAGAUAGUGGUAAACUGGAAUUAUAACAACAACGAAAAUGAAAACUUCAAAGUAAAGAAGAUCAUCGAAUAUUAUAGACGCAACUUUUGCAGUUGCGAAGAGAAAACCUGACAAAAAUGGGGCGUGUACGGAAUUAGGCCUCUUGAGCACUCCGAUGUCGGUGCUGAGCUGGCCAUUUAGUUGGUUUGUCCCGCAGUUCUAACAUAUGAUUUUCACAUAUUCAUUAUUUCAAAAAUGCAAAAAUAGCAAAUUAAUAAAAGUAGAGAUUAAUCCUAGAAAACAAGUGAUUAGUCAAACAUGAUUAGAGCUUGUAAGUACAAACGGGGUGUCUGUUUAAGCGGGGUGUCCGCGAGGCGAGAAUUGACUGUACAGUAAUUUCCUAAACUUUUAUUGAUUUACUCGCUUUUUUUAGGAGGAGAUCAUUGAGACUUGGGACAUACGAGCGCGACGUCAGAUGAGUUAUCGGUAAGAUACUUUCCGAACUGUAAAAGCGUGGCAUAAUUAUCCCAGGUGCUGGGUUGUCUGCAAAAUCUCAGCGCGUAUAAAUUUGGUUUAAUUUUCAGUUGGUAUCCUUAAGUCUGACUUUUGUGUUUGCUGAAAUCACUUUGCGAGAAAGGGCAAGGAAAUAGAGAGAACUUUUUAGUCUCCUUGCUGCACAUGUAGUUUAAAGAGUUUUAGACCGCUUAUACAUAACUUCAAGUGGCAGUUGCAGGACUUUCAAGCAACGCUGUACGCGUUGGACACUUGCCAAUUCUGUUACUCUUGGACAAACCAAUGAACCAAUCAGAGCUCGAAAAAAUGAUCGUGCGGAGGGCGUCAAGUGUGAGAAAGCACUUGAGAUUGAGUCACGUUUGAUUUUGGUGUGACGUUUCAUUAACCAAUCAAAUGUCACAAAAAGGUAGGGAAGCUUUCUAGAUAACCAAUCAGAAAGUUUAAUGAUGAAAAUCUGGUUCAAGCGGAAGUGAGUUCACACCGGACUUUUCACUGAAAAGUCCAGUGUGAGCCCACCUAAUGUGACUUCGAUAGUCGCAAGAAGUAGUCAUCGCUCCUACACACGGUGUGAUUCUAAACGUGCGGUUCAAAGGAUAACUGUCGUUAUGAUUACACAUGGCUCACUUUUCUUAGCUUCAACAGGGUCGAGCUGAAACUAUCCCUUGAUUUCCUUUUUUUUCUUCCAGCUCUUUUGCUCCAAUAUUGAGGUUGAUAUCCGGAUGUGGCGUAACCGCUAUUCACCAUUGGGCUACGUGGGCAUUGGCUAACCUGUGCAAUGUUGAUGGUAAGUACAUCUGGUGGCUUAAGCGUUGUAGUAGACGGUGUGGCAGAUUCAAUAUUCAUUAUUUUAGAUUCAAAGAGGAGGACGACUACGAGGAUUAGAUUUAACUUAAAGUUUUUUUUAGCGUAUUCUCGAUAAACAGAUACUCCGGAAAGCUUCACUUAAGUUUUUCACCAGAAAAGUUAACACGGGUAUUUUUGUGAAAGGGUGAAAGGUUUGAACCCAGCAGUCAUUUCAAAAGUAGGUUGAGUUUGAUCGUCCGGGUGAACGUAGUCCUGAAUAGGACUGUUGUUGACAGUGAGUGACGUUUCGACAACCUGUGCGAUAGUUAUCUUCAGGGUAUUUUUAUUGGAGGAGGUUUUUAAAAUCCCUCUCUCGGUCGCUAAGUGAUAAAACUUCUAACAUUUGAUAACUUGAUUCCGUCACUACGACAUUUUCGCUAAAACUCGUGGUAGAUCGAAUGACGACGGCUACCAUGUUUUCCCGCCAAAAUGACGCUGGCUCACGCGCGCACUACCCAGUAUUGAGAAAAUCUCGUUCUAUUAGUCGUCCUCGUCUUCGAAUCUAAAGAUCUCUAAUGUGAAUCCAACAGGAAAAAAAUGCUGGCAUUGAAAACCAGCGCUGAGAGAAAAAUAUAGUGAAAGGCGUGUCCUGGUACAAGCUUCUUCGACGUUUCCAAUAAUUUAACGUUGCUUGAAGCGAGAGGAAGGGGUUGAUGGUGUACACAUAUAUUUCUAAGUAUGAGAUCGCAGCUGUACAUUUACGUCGUUUUUGUACUUUUUUUUUUCAGCUGAGAAAUACUGCAAACUUGUUCGUGACGAAGGCGGCAUGGAGCUAUUACAGGGUCUCACCGCAAAUCCAAACACGUCUCAGCGAGUCAGGGAGCUGUCCCAGAUGACCCUAGACAAGUGCUACAAUAAUCUUGAACAUCUGGAAAAUAGCGCUCAACAAACAACAUACAAUAGUCAACUCAACUCAACUCAACAAUAGCUUAAUCGAUUAAAAGCUCUCGUGAGGCACAUAGAGAACGUCUUAUCGAAAACAUCGUUUGCCUUUUAACUGAAGAUCGAUCAAAUUUCCGCUGCUAUGAAAAACACAUUGUGUGUGUCUCACGAUAGAUCGACUAAACUUAGUCUUUUCGGUAAUUCGCUCCUUAUAAACGAACAAGUGCGAACCUCUCAAAAAAAAUUUAGUUAGGGUCGUGGGUGAGUCUUAGGCAGAAACUGCCUCCUAACCAGGCUACGAAAGAGAAGAGAGAAUAGGGAAACCAAAGUUUAAAAAGGCGGAGGGGAUCGGGGCUCUGCGUUCGCCAACUUUCACUCUGAAGGCUCGAACUCAGUCUACGCGAUGAUGUAAUCGUUGAAAGAAAAUGGGACCUGGGAGCGAGGCAGUGAGGUCAUCAAUUAGUAGAUUAAGUUAUCAAUAUAUUUGGCGCGUUAGGUUUUGUAAAUAUUUUGUAUGCACAGUACAGAC